UAUAUUCCCAGAACCAACAUUGAAUAUUUGAAGAAAAUGCUUAUAACAAAAAUCUGUUAGCUGGGAACCCUGUUUUGCGAGGCUUGGGGCAAUAUUGCCAGAAAGAAAUGUAUUUUUGGAUGCUCAUGUCAACAUACUAUGAUUUGGGACACACUUAAAUUGAUGUCGGAAACUGUUUAGGGAAGAGAGUAUGCACAUUUGAAUGCAGGGAAAGUCUGUUAGGUGAUUCCCUCUUUCUACAGGGAACUCCUCCACACAAACCGGAAGCUAACGAUACUCCGAGGCAAGAUAAAAGCCGAGGUCUCCAUGCAUACACCAUAUCCGUUUUUUGCACAGUACCAAGUUGCACAUUUUGGAAUUAUUUUUUCGUUGACUGACCUUUUUGGGGCCAGUGUUUUUUUUCUCGCAUGCGAACGAUAAUCGCGUGUCUUAAAAGAUGUCAAAAUCUUUAUCGUUUCGGUUGCAACUAAGCUCCAUAAUGGAGAUAACGACUAAAACGGCAAUAGAUGAAAUAUGCAAAAUUGUAGACAGCGAUUUUGCGUUUUUACGACAAGAGCUGUCUCGGGUCAUGAGUGAAAACACAGUUCUUAAAGACAAAAUGCUCUGUCUAGGGAACGAAAGGCAAGACGAAGGCACGCGCAUCACAAAGGAAGCGCGCGCUGGCUCCAAAACAUAUCGGUCCAUUUAUGUUCAAACUGAAGAUGGACCGCAGCCCUCCAUCAAGGGGAUAUUUGGAAAGGAGUGGUGUUCCAGUUUGUGGGAUCGGAGGAACGAGUCCAGAGAAGAUGAGCAGGCGAUCGAUGUCGACCUCUACACCGUAUCGCCUUAUAAGCAUGAAGAAAAAGACCUCUCCAACCUGGUCUUAAUUAAAGAGGAGAGUUUUGAAGUGGACACUUAUCCCAUCUAUACAGGGAAAACGCCCCAAGUUUCAAGGCGACAGCUGCUAUCUUCUGCAUGUGAGCCCUCGGCAGACUCUAAAAACUUCAAUGACCAUUUUGUGUCUGGUGAAUUUUCAGAGAUAUCGGAAAUACAAAACACGUCCUCUGAUUCGUCAGAUAAACACUCUACAGAAACCACCAUUGAUGACACUGUCGACCAAUUAAUAGCACCAAUAGACGAUCCAUUGGAUUUUGAUGGUCACUGUGUCCUCAACCAGUUUUCAGUAGAGCACAAUGGCCAGUUUCCCUCCGAGGCCCAGGAGGACGGAGAAGCACAGGAAACAUGCGCAGAUGCUGCAACCACUACAGAACAUUGCGAAAAGAGAUUUAAGGUACAGAAGCUGCCAAACAACUUCAGUUGCUAUGACAGCGGGAGGGUGUUUGUUCGCCAAAAUGCUGCCAGAAACCGUCUCAGAAAACAUCGGUUUUCAAAGCUGAAACCUAAUGAAAAGUUUCGUUGUGAGGUCUGUGGGAGAUGUUUUCAUUCAAACACCAAUCUCACGGUUCACUAUUUAGUGCACACAGGGGAAAGGCCCUAUAAAUGCAGUUUUUGUGGAAAAGGGUUCUCCCAGAAGGGAAAUUUACAAACCCAUGAACGCAUCCACAGAGGAGAAAGACCUUUUAGUUGCGCCACUUGCGGAAGGAGUUUCACCCAGAAAGUCUGCCUACGAAAUCAUGAACGCAUCCACAGAGGAGAAAGACCUUUUACUUGUAUAACCUGCGGAAAGGGUUUCACCCAGAAAGUCACCCUACAACAACACCUCUCUGUCCAUGACAAAACAGCUAAACCAGUAAGGAAGAAACCAAGGAAAAGUUACAGUGAUAUAAAUUAUAGCUUCAUGUAGCACUCUUCUUUUCCUCAAUUUAAAAUUACAGUAGCUGUGUAAAAUGAAAUAUUGGGAAGAAUAUGAACUCUUGAAAUGUCAAGUUGCAGCACCUUAACAAGAAUGUCUCUGUGUGUAAUACCUGUAGCAGAAAUAUAUAGUCAGGUAUGGCUGUGUAUUACGCUGUGGUAAUGUAGCUGUUAUACUACAUAACUAAUUUGUUUCUUCUGUUAAACCAAAGGCACAGCUUAUCUGGUGGUCUUUGAUAUCUGUGCUAUACUGCCGGACAAAAGUUUGGAAUAAUUAAAGGGUAAGUUCCCCCCCAAAAUGAAAUUUUGUUCAUUAAUUACUCGCCCUCAUGUCGUUCCACACCCGGAACGCAAAUGAAGACAUUUUUGAUGAAAUCCGAAAUUGAAUUAUGAAAUUGCCACAUUCAAGGUCCAGAGAAGUAGUAAAGACAUGGUUAAAAUAAUCUACGUGAGUACAGUGGUUCAACCUUAAUGUUAUGAAGUGACAAGAAUACUUUUUGUGGGCAAAAAAAAAAAAAACUUUAUUCAACAAUUUUUCCUCUUCCCCCCCGACAGUCUCUUACGCAGUUGAUGCAGUGCAGCGCUUUCGAUGUCUUUACUACUUGAAUGUGGUCAUUUCGUUGCUUUCUAUGGGAGAUGAAAAAACCUCUUGGAUUUCAUCAAAAAUAUCUUAAUUUGUGUUCCUAAGAUGAAUGAAGGUCUUACGGGUGUGGAACGACAUGAGGGUGAGUAAAUAAUGACAGAAUUUUCAUUUUUGGGUGAACUAACCCUUUAAGACUUUUUCAUCUUAUGCUCACCAAGGCUGCAUUUAUAAAACUUAAGUGUUGACAUCACAUAAAUAACAUUUUAAAAAUAUUUAAAAAUAUAAAAGUUUAUUUAAAAAUGUAAUAUUUACCAAUUUUACUGUUUUUACUGUAUUAUUGAAAUGCAGCCUUGAUAAGACUUUUUUUUUUUUUUUUUUUUUUUUUUUUUUAAGACUGAGAAAAUUCCAAACUUUUGACCAGUAGUGUAUAGCCCAGAUCAAAGACGACCAGAGGUAAAUGUAUCCCUGUUUAAGACUUUAGGCUUAAAGGGUAAGUUCACCUAAAAAUGAAAUUUCUGUCAUUACUCACUCACCCUCAUGUCGUUCCACACCCGUAAGACCUUCGUUCAUCUUAAGAACACAAAUUAAGAUAUUUUUGAUAAAAUCCGAUGGCUUACAUGCACCAAUUUUCGUCAAUGUGAAUGAAUUAAAUCCGAUUGCAGAUCUGUUUACAUGUACUCUAAACAUUGUAAUCUGAUUCAAAUAUCCGUUUGACCACAGACGUGACACCAGCAGAGCUCAUCGUUAUUUUUGCCCUGUUCACAUACACAUUCAUAAAUCAGCAACAGUUUUACAACUAAAGAUGUGAACGCGAACUUGCGCACCGUGUAAUGCGUGUCAACAUUGCACUGCGCAUGUGCCCCAGAGACUUCUGAAUACGAUUGAGAAAGUAGUCGGAUUCAAGCGUUUACAUGGUCAUUUUUUGCUGUUGGAUCUGAUUAGAAAAGGAAUAAACCACCCCUUCAAAUCCGGUUUGAAGAUCGAGCUCAAUCGGAUCGAUUAAGGUGUUUACAUGAAUGGUUUUUCAAUCCGAUUGAGCCGUCAAUCCGAUUACAAAUGGAUUAUUUGGGUGCAUGUAAAUGUAGCCAGUGAGGCCUCCAUUACCAGCAAGAUCAUUUCCUUUUUCAAUGCCCAGAAAGCUACAAAGAUGUAUUUAAAACAGUUCAUGUGACUACAGUGGUUCAACCUUAAUUUUAUAAAUCGACGAGAAUACUUUUUGUGUGCCAAAAUAACAAAAUACCAACUUUAUUCAACAAUAUCUAGUGACGGGCGAUUUCAAAACACUGCUUCAUGAAGCUUUACAAAUCUUUUGUUUCGAAUCAGUGGUUCGGAGCGUGUAUAAGUCACGUGAACUAUUGAAAUUUCGAAACACUUAUGACGUAACGAAGCCUCGUUUACUGAAAUCACGUGACUUUGGCGCUCCGAACCACUGAUUCGAAACAAAAGAUUCGUAAAGCUUCAUGAAGCAGUGUUUUGAAAUCGACCAUCACUAGAUAUUGCUGAAAGUCGCUAUUAUUUAUUUAUUUUUAUUUUUUGCCGCACAAAAAGUAUUCUCGUCGCUUCAUAACAUUAAGGUUGAACCACUGUAGUCACAUGAACUUUUUUUAAAUAUGUCUUUAGUACCUUUCUGGCCAUUGAAAAAGGAAAUGAUCUUGCUGGCAAUGGAGGCCUCACUGAGCCAUCGGAUUUUAUCAAAAAUAUCUUAAUUUGUGUUCUGAAGAUGAACGAAGGUCUUACUGGUGUGGAACGAUGUGAGGGUGAGUAAUUAAUAACAGAAAUUUCAUUUUUGGGUAAACUAACUCUUUAAGAUUUUUUUUUUUUUUUUUUGUGAAUACAGUCCCAGUUCUUCAAGAUAUUAUCAUAACAGAUGUCAGUUUAGGGCCAUUAGUGUAUAGCAACCAGUAACACUACUUGAUCUUCACUAAUUGGAUACUGUAAUGUCAGUAGUAUGUAGUAUGCUUAUACAAGUUUGAGUUGAUCGUUCAAGUUCAGAUGUCUGCUAGAUUGCACUUGUAAGCAAACAACCAUUACUGUGUAUUGUCAACCCAUGUUGGAGGAUGAAUAAUACUCUAAAAUAACACUAAUAAAAUAAGUUUUGCAUGA